ACGUAUUUGUAACAUGUGUAGAGAGUAACUCUUCUCCAGAUAAAAGACAAGAGAAAGAAAAUAAAAUGAUUUCCUUCACUUUAAUUUGUCUGGUGUCUGGUUUGGUUGUAGUUAACAGUUACGUUGCAAUAAUGGAGGUUCCUGCCGUUGACGGAAAGUGCUAUAUUAAAGGAAAAUUGUUCAAAUUCGGGGAUACUUACUACGAAGAAGAAAAAUGUGAGUCCUGGAAAUGCGAAACAUCGUCAAAACUUGUAUCCUUUAAACUGUCAGAAAAUGGAACUGUUCAGCCCAUUUAUCGUUUACAAGCAUACUUCCACAUAAUUGGAUGCGGUGUUGCAGUUAUAGAAAAGGAUGGAAAGUUUUGUCGUGUUCAAAGUACUAAAGGCAAACAUCCUAAAUGUUGCCUUGGUCCUGCGGUUUGUCCUUAGGGAAUUAUUUUUAUAAUAAUUUCUUUUCGUGUAAAUAUUCCUUUGAAAUAUAACUCGAAAUGUUUGCAUUAUGUAAAAUCAAAGGAGAUCAUAAAAUAAACGUAAGUAACUAAUAAUCUCAAUAAACAAAACUUAAUGUUAUUUCUGUUCAAAAUAAAAACCAAGUAUGAAAUUUAGAAAUAAAUUUGUAGGAGUUAGAUCAGAUAAUAAUAAUAAUAAUUCUUCAUUCAUAAUAAAGAAUCCUUGUUACAGGGGGAAUUGAGUAAAAUACAAAAAAGAAGAUUAUUAAGUAAAUAAAAUUAAUUUAAUUAUUUAUAUAAGAUAUAUAACUGAUUAAUUGAACAU